AGUAUCCUUGCAUAACAGCUAUGGGCAAACAGUUGCCCAUAACCGGGGUAUAUUCGAUAUUAGAGGGAAAAGUAAGGGUAAAAAAGUAAUAGGUGGGAAAACAGAAACUAACUAAAGAGAGAGGAAAGAUAUAAGGAGAGAGAUAAAAGGAACUUGUCAGCGCCAAAACAGAGGGAAGAAAAGAGGUGAAAUAUAGUCGUUUGGAAGAUGGAAGAAGAUGAAGCUGGAGCUGGAGCUGGAGCAAGUGUUGAUGGAAAGAUGAUCUCCAUUGAGCAAGAGGAUGUUGAUUUAGUUGAAAUAAAUGGAGACAUGUAUGUGGGAGAUGUUCUUGUGGAAGGCAUAGAUGAAGUGCAAGGCAACGAGAUUGUUGAUUUAGCUCCUACUGGGAAGGUGAGUGGGUGCAAAAUAGGGGCAAAUGAGGUUGUUCCUGCACCGUUUGUGGGCAUGGUAUUCCCUAACUUGGAAGCGGUGGAUAGUUUUUAUAAAAAAUAUGGGAAGCAGGAAGGAUUUGGGGUUGUGCGUUCGGGUGGGGCAUAUAGAAGAAAACAGGUGUAAGAAAGGAAGAGGCGUAAUACAACAUGGACUUGUGAAUGUUAUGGUAGGCCGGAUAGGAGGAAACGGGUAAACGGGGUAGGGUGGUGACAGAUUCUGUGAUUGAUGAUGAUUUAGCUACGAAGAAGUGAAAGAAAUGUGAUUGUACUGCCAUGAUGUAUGCUACUUGUAAUGAAGAAGGGGAGUGGGAAGUUAAGAAAGUUAUAAAUGAACAUAAAAACCACGAGCCAACGCCGUCAAAGUCUCGAUACAUUAGUAUGUAUAGGAAAGAGGAGUUGUAUAAUCAUGUUAGAAGGAAACUUUUUAACGAUUAUAACUCAGGGUUGAAGAUACCACAAAUUCACGGAUGCCUUGCUAGGGAGAGGAACGGGGUAGAGGAUUGGGUAGUAACUGAACGUGAUUUGCGCAAUGAAGUGAGUAAGGUGAAACGGUUGAAACUUAAAGAAGGUGAUGCGAAUGCUAUGCUAAAGUAUUUCAACAAAAUGAGUUCUGACAAUCAAAAUUUUUUUAGUAUGCAUAGAUUGGAUGACGAUAUGACAUUAAAAAAUAUUCUAUGGGUUGAUGCUCGAAGUAGAGUAGCAUAUGAAGAGUUUGGAGAUGUGGUUUGUUUUGAUGCAACGUAUUUGACUAACGAAUAUGAGUUGCCAUUUGCUAACUUUGUAGGGGUUAAUCAUCAUGGGCAGAGUAUUUUACUAGGUUGUGCAUUAAUUUCUCACGAGAAUACGGAGACUUAUGAGUGGGUUUUCUCUACAUGGCUAAGUUGCAUGGGUGGUAAAAAGUCCAAUGGGCAUUCUUACAGAUCAAGAUGCGGCAAUGCGGAAGGCAUUGCUUACAUCUAUGCCCGAAGCUCGACAUCGAUGGUGUUUGUGGCACAUAACUGA